AAGCAGCCUGUGUGAUUUAAUGUGAGCGGAUAAUAAGAGGAUAACCGACCUACAGCAUGAUUUAAACUGUACAGAAGGACUCGUUUAGGGCUAAUCAUUAAACAUGGAGUGUUCCGAAGGAGCAGACGGCGGUGAAAGAGUGUUGGAUUUAUCUCACUUGGGUUUAAACAGUGUGAAUGUGGACAGUGUGGCUGAGAAACGCAGGGCUGAGACCUCAUAUCUUCUCCUCUGUUAUAACAGACUGACAGCCCUGCCGAUCUCCAUCCAUCUCUUCACCAACCUCCAGUUCCUGGACGUGAGUAAUAACGCCCUGACCGACCUGAGUGAGGCCAUCACCGGCCUGAGCAACCUCCAAACCCUGCUGGCCAAGAACAACCGACUGGAUGAGUUCUCUCUGCCCAAAGACUUGAGCUCUCUCCAGCGGCUGGAGGUGGUGAACCUGAGUGGGAACAGAUUCGAACAGAUCCCCAAACAGCUGCUGCACCUACCCCGCCUCCAGUCCCUGUCCUUCGGGGGGAACCGACUUAAACAUAUACCUGCUGAGAUUGACUGCCUCAAAAG